AUGGAAAGAGUGCAUAAAAAGUCUUUGGAGGCAUUAGAUAAAACUUUGCAAGAUUUACGAAACAAUCAAAGCCGUUUUGGUGGUGCAAUGAUUUUGUUGGCAGGGGAUUUUCGGCAAACAUUGCCAGUGAUUCCACGGUCAACGCCAGACGAUGAACUUAAUGCAUCUUUGAAGUCGUCCGUUUUGUGGAAACACGUCAAGAAACUCAAAUUGACUGUGAACAUGCGUGUCGAGCUGCAGAACGAUCAAUCUGGAGAAGCAUUUUCCAAACAAUUGCUGGACAUUGGCAACGGCAAAAUCCCGGUUGACAUUUCGACCGGUUGCAUUCAAUUUCCCCCCGGUUUCUGUCAGUUCACCGAAUCAAAAUCCGAGCUAAUCCGAAAGGUAUUUCCAAACAUUGCACAAAAUUACAAAAAUCAUGAUUGGUUGAGCGAACGUGCUAUAUUGGCUGCGAAAAACAUUGAUGUCGACGAAUUGAAUUUUAAGAUUCAAAGUGAAAUUGCUGUCGAAUUGAUGACAUACAAAUCGGUGGAUUCCGUUACUUCCAAAAAUGAUGUUGUCAACUAUCCAACCGAGUUUUUAAACUCGCUGGAAUUACCCGGAUUACCGCCUCGCAAUCUCCAACUGAAAGUCGGAUCGGUAAUCAUAAUGUUACGAAACAUAAACCAACCACGUCUUUGUAAUGGCACCCCACUUGCGGUAAAAAAACCUGAUGAACAACGUCAUCGAUGCAACAAUACUUAA